AUGGGGAUUAAUUUAUGUGUGUCACUCUACAGUUUGUUUAGUGAGGGUGAAUCCAUUUCACUGGAGAUUGUUGAAGAUGAGUAUAUUAAACUUGUAUCAAAAGAUGUAAGGAAGAUUUGGAAAACUGAAGAUUAUUUUGUUGUAUCUGGGAUACCUUCAAUAGAUAAUGAUGAAAGAUUUAGAAGAAAGAAUUUACAGGGAGAAACGUGUUGGAGUUACUCUGAAGUUGCGAGAAAGUCAAAUAAUUUCAGUGGAAAGUUUCUUAUAGUAUACGCUCUUUCCCCUCAUACAAAUAAUAAUUGCGAGCUCAGAGAAAUUGUUAAAGAAGAGGCAGAGUUAUACCAGGAUAUUAUAAUUUUGUCUGUUUGUAAUGUGAAUCCAACAGCAAGUAAAAAAGUUGGAGGGCUGAGGAAUUGGGUUUGGGAAGAAGAUCUCACGAUGAGUAGAAAAACAUAUUUGUGA